AUAAUGUUAAACAUGGAGAUACAUGUUUUAAUUGGUGUCUUGCUCGCCUGCACCGCGGCUGGGCUUCCAACGAAAGAGGAAGCGUUGCUUCCUGACGAUACUUUUACUUCACUGGACGACACGUUAUUUGGGGAUGAAGUAGCGUACGUGUACGACGACAACAAGAACCUGGUGCGGCUGAAAUUGAACGGCGACGACGGCGAGUAUAUCUUGGAUAUCCCGGAGAACGAGAUCCCAAAUCGUGUCUCCUUCUAUCUGUUCACAAAAGACAACCCUACCAAUCCGAGGCUGCUCUACGUCAACGACGAGGACGCUUUAAGAGGCAGCAAGUUCGAUCCUGCGAAACCUACGCGUAUUGUAACUCACGGAUGGAUAAAUUCUCGCAACAGCGACGCGUGCACUUUAAUUCGCGACGCCUUCCUUCGGCACGGUGAUUACAACGUCAUCGUAUUCGACUGGAGUUCAAUAAGUAUCGGGGAGUAUUUCUGGGCUAAAGGGCAUGUCGUGAAAGUCGCUCGAUUCGUCGCCACUAUGAUCAAUUUCCUCGUCAAGCACGGAAUGGAUCCGUCGCAGACCAUACUGGUCGGUCACUCUCUUGGUGCCCAUGUAGUUGGAAUCGCCGCUCGCACCGCUGACAGCGAUAUCGGUUACAUCGUAGGACUGGAUCCAGCAUUGCCCGGCUUCGCUCUGGCCGGCUCGGGAGCCAGGAUAUCGAGCGGCGACGCGAAGUACGUGGAGAUCAUUCACACCAACGGCGGUCUGCUCGGCUUCUUGGUCGCCAUCGGGGACGUUGAUUAUUAUCCCAACGGCGGUAAAAAGCAGAUCGGCUGUCUGGUGGAUCCCGGCGGCGCGUGUUCCCACGCCCGCUCGUACAAGUUCUACGCCGAGUCUCUCAACAGUCAGGUGGGGUUUCACGGGAGACAUUGCAGUAGCUACGGCCGAUUUAAGUUGGGCCUGUGCAACAACGAGCGCACAUCCAUCAUGGGCGGUAACAAGCCGCUGUUCAGCGCAAACGGCAACUUCUACCUGACGACCAAAUGGUCGUCCCCGUUCGCGAACGGGCUGUUCGGGACGCGACACUGAUGAGCGCCGCGCCGCGCCGAUCUGGAAGGAUCGGCCCGACUACCGGACGAUCAGCCGUCAGCGAGGGCUUCUGGAUUUUGGAAAUUCAUUGCAGGAACAGGAAGGAGAGAUCCCCCGCGCCGGGCUAAACUCGUUUUUCCCGGCAAUCGAUCGGACGCGUUCACGGUGCGUAAUUUCGUUUCCGCCCGCAGCGGCUGUUUCGCAGCGCGCGCGCGAGUGUUGUGUAUGUGUGUGUGUACGUGUGUUGCAGGCCGCUCCGCUACGCGGGGCAUUUUUAUACCGCGGUCUAAGCCAGGGAGACUGCGAUUAUCCCGGGGUCGGGCUACCGGGAAAUCGCGGAUGCUGUUUAUCGAAGGAACAGAAUGAGGCAGCGCGACGUACACCAUACGCUUCGUUUUACCGUCGACCCAAUUUAUCGCGGCAUAAGCGUACGUAUUUUGCGAAAUACGACGUAUCGCGCGACGUAAAGCGCAUCAUAACGUUUUAUUGGAAAUGCAAAAUACCGAGGAGGAUACGCCCGGUACGCUUUCUAAAUGCGAGUCAAGUCGCGUUAAAUACACAAUAUCAAUUUCUCCGCCGUUGUCCAUUUUUUCUCUCUCUCUUUUCCUCUCUGUCUCGCAAUGACUCGCGACGCUUCUCGUAUACACGCGCGUGCAAACAUCCGCCGAGACACGACGGCCUCUCUCGAAACGAAACGAAUUGCUCGGACCAUGUCCGCGGUCUUAGUCGCGGUGCAUUAAAUUUUUAUCGUAAUAUAUCUCGCGUAUAUGUAUCGCGCAUAUAGCAACAAAGAUAAUAAAGGCGAUGCGGAAAACAGUCGGAUUUAAACCGCGCGCGUUGAAUUUUAGGCCCCGGGCACUGUUUCGUAUGUAAGCAAACGUAGAUAUUUAUCAUUUUGUAAUGCACGAGAUGAAGUUUCGAGAAAGAAGGUAAACGGUGAUUUCGCAAAAUAUAAGGGAGACCGUCGUGCUCGAAACGAAAGAGUUGUCUUUCGUCAGUUUUUCGCGUGGAUGCGAACGAUGUUGAUAAUUGUUAAGGACGGCUGAUCGUUAUUACGUCGUGAAAAGUGUGUUAAGUAUUCCGCGUUCCGGAUCUACGACGCUCGAUUGGGAAAAUGUCUUCUUGAGCAAUGAAAUGUGAUAAAAUUUACACCUGUUUUACAACAGAGCACUGAUGUACAAAUACCAUUAUAAUAUUUUUAGC